AUGUGGCUUCGCCGCACGGUGUGUCAGCUAGGCGUGGGCGUGCGUAUCGGUGCCCGCUUCGCCUCGUCCAAGGCGAGCAUGCCGCUGCGGGAGCAGCCGCGUGUCAUUUAUCGCGGGGGGCCGUACAUGCGCAAAGGCUGGUUCUACCUCGCUGGCACAUGCUUUGUCUUGGCCGGUGUCAACUUUGGCCUGUUCAUUCGUGAUUUCCUUGUAUGGCCCCUGUUUCCCGACGAAGGGGAGGAGCCAGAGCUGGUGACGCCGAUGAUUCGGUACACGGCGGCCGGCGGCACCUUUCUUGUGGCGAGUCUGUGUGGCAUGUAUUUCUGGUACGCGCCCAGUCGCAUGGUGACUCGCCUCACCGUGUACCCCAAGACGCAAAUGCUCGGCGUACGUACCGCAGCGCCGCCGCCAAGCCGAUGGCUUCCUGCUAGUAUCGCUGCGCGGCCCUACUUCCAGCGGGCUGGCCCCUUGUCGGAGACGGACCAGAAAGAACGCCUCGUGCCGUUGGAAGCCGUGUACCGCUUGCAGGGCUCAGCGGUCGGGAGUGAGAUGCACGAAUGGAACGAGCUCGUGAAGAAGAAGGACCACGUCCCCACCUCGGUUCUCUCGAAACUGCAAAAGUACAACGCUACGGCGACCAAGUACGAUCAGCAAGAGACGCUGAUGCUGCGUAUCGCGGAUGCGCGCCUGGCCUUCCAGCUGGGCGCGAGUCCGUACCGCACGACACUGUUGCAACAGCCGCCGGAGCGUGGCAUCAAGGCCUUCUGGCGGCAGACGAUGCGGGGGCGGACCGACUGGAGCCCGCCUACGGCAUCGUACGAGCCCACGCCGGCCGAAGACGCGGUGCAGAAGCAGCGCACUGCGCACGUCGAUACCGAGCCAUGGUUCCUCGACCGAGCGAACUUUGACCAGCUGUUCCCUCUGGACGCGUCGCGCUACAAGAAAAAGACGUCGGCUUGA